AUGCCGUAUCCUUACCAUCCAAUGAAGGACAAGAUGGAGAAAUUGGACCAGUUUGGGUUCAAUGCCAUGGCCAAAUUGAAGGAUCAAAAGGCUGCUGGGACCAAGUAGGUCAUCAAAGAGAUGUGAAGCAUUGCCUAGCUUUCGCAUGAUCCAGCUCACGCACCCGUAUCCACUCCACACGCCUAGAACAAGCAUGAAAGACCGCUUGGACAUGUCCCGCACAGCAGCGGAUAGGAGGUGGGAUCAGACUGCCAAAGCUCGGAAAGAAGAGGAGCAAGAGGAAGCGGGCCAAGCUUCGAACACAUCCGCGAGUGCAUCCUCCUCGCGAGGCGCACCUCCCCAUCCCCCAUCUCGCUCCACUGCCUCCUCCACUCUCGCUGGUUCUUCUCCUCUCCCUCCUGCCCGUACCAACUCGAACCGGCAAACUCCAGCUCUACCGCCCCGAAUGGCCAACGAAGCUGGAACGAAUAAUCCACCACCGGCUUAUGGCAGCGUUGUUCCUCCUCCAGCUCCUCCUGCUAGAAAAGUAUCAACGGGCGGAAAUGCGACGUUCAAGUGGAGUCAGAUCUCGCAAGCGGACAAGCAAGCGUUUUUCGAACUGCUAGAUGAGGUGAGUGUACACGCCAAUCAGCCCUUGCGUCGUUGCGCACAAGCUUCUCAAUGCUGACCUCCUUCUCAUCCAUGCGCUAAUAAUACCAAAGUUCUUUGCAGAGCGUGCGUCUCAAAGCGCUGCGUAGAGGCUCUGCGACCGCAAGCUCCGCAUACUGAUCGCGUAGCAUGUGCAUCAUCACAAUCUUUCAGUCACAGCGCGCACCUCCUCCGCACCCACGCCAGGUGCGGUGACCCAGCCUCGCCCGCCGUCUUUCGCUCCCAAACCCUUGAGCGCCAAGCCCACUUCUUCACCUUCGAUCCGCAUGGCGCCGGUCACGUCCUCAGCUCCCGUUCCUGCCUCAACAGGCUCUUAUCCACUGCUCACGGCGUCUUCGAAGCCGUAUGACGAAGAACCUACAGCUCGGACACUGGUCGAUCAGUUCAUGUCAAAGACGGGGCCCGAAUGGAUUUUGCCCAAUGCCUGGUACGCACAGUCACCCUACGCUCCUUCCUUCGUCGUCUCUCAUCGGGAAUGCACUCGAUCUUCAAGUAUACAAUGGGUGGGCACGGAGCGCACCGUCGUCGGGCACGCAGCUUUCCAAGAUCUCAGUGUGCUGUGGUACAGCGUAUCGUGGUCCGAAGGAAUCUUUGGAAAUAGCGGAGCAAAAGUCAAAGUGGCGGUGAGGGAUCCCCCGGCGCCCUUGGAUGCGGCACGACUGUAUAGCGAAAGCCAAAGGUUCGGCGAAGAGGUCGCGCGGUAUGUGGAGACAUGCGAGGGAAGCAGUGUAGGCGAUGGGGAGUGCUGGACAUUGGCCCAACAAGCUCUUGUGCAGCUGAACGCUACUAGCGGCCUGACAGGUCCUUAUGCAGUUUGUGAGUUGAUGGAGCCGAUCGCAAUCGGCAGCAGUAUCGUGUGCAUAUACGUUGAGCUGAUGAAGACUACCUCCCGUCAUGACCGCGCCUGCUAGUCGAACCCAUUUCGUACACCCUUGGACAUCUUAUUUACGCUGGAGAGGCGGAUGCAGGAGGCAGAUGGAGAGGUGGAGACUACGCCUUGCGAAGAGGAGACAUCUUGCAGUGGAAAAGCGCUCGAUGUUCCCUCCUCCAUUCUCCUGCCGGAUCGUACGUGGUGAGUCGAAGAUUCUUCGAUCUGCCGGUCGAUCGGUCGCAAUCAAGCAAGCGAGCGCCGUCUAGCUAAGGUAGCUAACGAUAAGCUACACUCGCUUCGGGCCACCCCCUUGCAGGACCUCGGAGCACCAGACCACACAGCUGUGCUACUUUCCGAUUCGUCCGCUCCGGAGUGGUACCACGCCCUCGCUUCCGCAGCUGAUCCGCACGACGCUCCUCCGAUGGCCCCUCAACACCUGGGUCAUUUGGCAGUGAUGGAACAAUCGGCAAGAAGCGUCUGCAGCCGCAGCACUUAUGAUCUGUCGACGCUUUCAAGGGGCAUUUUGCACGUCUUCAGACCCGUCUCGUACGCCGCGCUUGGUGGCAAGCCGGACAAUAGCUUUCCGAGUGAAGGCAAGAAUGUCAAAGUGUUCAAGUAG